GUUCUAUAACUUCGUUUUCAACCUGGUCUGCUCUGUGGAGUAUUUAUCAAGAACAACAAAUGGCGUCUCAGGCAAACUUUCAGCGCUCCAUACCGACAUUUCACGUCCGCACCAAUCUCCAGCCGAGAUAUCCUCAUGCUCCUCCUCAUCAUAUAAACCUAACCAAGUCAACACGUGUCAGAUUUCCCGUAAUCAGAGCUUCAUCACCAUCGAAUCACAAACCCUCACUGCUCAAAACCACCUUCAUCACCCUCACCGCGACCGCCUCUCUGUUCUCUGCAUUGUAUCUAGUCUCCAAACCAGCCGUGACGAGGGUAACCAACGAGGCGAGUCUCGAGAAACGCCUCGAGACCGAGUCUAACGUCGUGGAAGCAUUACUAUCGCUGGCUAAAAUCAAAUUCGAUUCAGAUAAGCAUGAUCAAGCGGUAGAAAUCAUGAACCGUCUGAUAGAAAUCGAACCGGACGAAAACAGAUGGCCGGCUAUGAAGGCUCGUAUCCUGUCGUACCACGGCCAAAGCGAAUCAGCCAUCAAAGCUUUCGAAGAGAUUCUCUUAAAAGAUCCGAACCGUGUCGACGCGUAUCAUUACUUGGUGAUGGAGCUCUACAACUCCAAACCUAAACUAACAGAGCUAGAGACGAGGAUCAACGAGGCGAUACGGAGAUGCAAGAAAACGAAAGAGGUUUGCGGUUUAAGAAUGCUGAUAGCGCAGAUUAAGGUUGUCGAAGGGAACACACUCGAAGCUAUUCGGAUUUGUGAAAAGGUGGUGAAGGAUGAUCCAAAAGAUUUCAGGGUGUAUCUGUUUCAAGGGUUGGUGUAUUCUUUGAUGAAGAAGGGAGAUGAAGCUGCGAAACAAUUCGAGCAUGUUGCGAGGCUACUUCUGGAUGAUCCGUAUAUAGUGACUGCUACGGUGAACAACGCAAAGAAAGUAUCUGAAUGGAGAGUCAUCGUAGGUUAUGAUAGUGUUUACUGUUAUUUAACUACGUUUGCUAAGCUUCUGAUAGUUUCAGCCUUGGAGAAAUUCAGUUAAACUGAAAUUUGAAAAAAAUGUUUAUUAUGAAAAAAAAAACUCUAUUUGUGUGUGAAGGAACAUCU